AAAAUACAUGAGAAGAGGAGGGUAGUUUCGGGAUUCCACGCAGCGGCACCUUUAUGCGGACAGCGACAUCCCUCGUCGUUUAAGGCAAAAGUCAACAGAAGACCUUCCGGCCGUCGGAUCAGAACCAUCCCAUCAAUCAUCGCUACAGACCGCAGGACGGCGACACUAGUCCAUCCGACGGUCCUAACCGUCCGAAGCAAUAAGAGAGUUGUCCACAUCCGACGGUCGAGAUGAAUACCAAUCGUGUCAAAUCAUCGACGAACCCUUUCCGAGGCUCCGUUCCCACGUUGCCCACGACAAAUCGAGUAAUGCCAUUCAUGUCCACUGGCUCCUUCUUCUCCUCCCCGCUAAAGGACAAAAACCCACCACGGUAUAACCACGCCCACCGCCUCCUCUCCCGAAAAUUCCAAUCCUCUCUCCCCUAUCUCUCUCGGCUUCCAAGUCGAACUUAGUAGCUGAGCUAAGUUACCAAUGACGAAUCCGGCGGUGUCGCUUCCGCCGGGCUUCAGGUUCCACCCCACCGACGAGGAGCUCAUCCUUCACUACCUGAGGAACCGAGCGGCGGCGGUGCCGUGCCCGGUAUCGAUCAUAGCGGAGGUCGACAUCUACAAGUUCGAUCCAUGGGACCUCCCUGCCAAGGCAACGUUCGGCGACCGAGAGUGGUACUUCUUCAGCCCCAGGGACCGCAAGUACCCCAACGGCGUCCGCCCGAACCGGGCGGCGGCGUCGGGAUACUGGAAGGCGACCGGCACCGACAAGCCCGUGAUGGCGAGCAAGGGCAGCGAGAGCAUUGGGGUGAAGAAGGCCCUCGUGUUCUACCAGGGGAGGCCUCCCAGGGGCGUCAAGACCGACUGGAUCAUGCACGAGUACCGCCUCGCCGAUGCCCACAACAAGAACAGCUAUAGGCCAAUCAAGCUCAGAGACUGCUCCAUGAGGCUGGAUGACUGGGUUCUAUGCCGGAUCUACAAGAAGAGCCACCACCAGCCAUCGAUGGACGCAGAGAAAGACGACUCGGGCGUAGAGGAUGUCGCCAUGCCAACCCCACCGAGCGCCACACAACAGCACGACACCGCCAAGCUGCCGAAAUCCUACUCCUUGUCCGAGCUCCUCGACGCCGCAGACUUCUCCGCGCUCUCGCGACUGCUCGAACGCCCGGCCGACGUGCUCGGUCUCAUCUCGGAGAACAGCUCCAUCGCGCAUCCGUUCUCCCACCAAGGCUUCGACGGCAACAGCGACGGUUUGGCAGUGCAUCAUCUCUUCCAAGCAGAGUCCCCUGCUCCGAUGACGGACAGCAAUCCGAAGCGGCGGUGGACGGCAAAUGGCUGCUUCGAGGACGGCAGUGAAGUCUCACACACCGGAAAGAGAGCUACAGGAUCAAGAACUGCAACCAGUGUAGCAAACAAGUUCAACUUCACAGCUCAACAACCUUUCGUCGAUCAACAACUGAUGUCCAACCCUCACUUGAGCUUGCGCUGAACUUGCACUGCUUACACACCACGAUAACAUCACAUCCCGCUAUUAACUCUUUCUUCUUUUCUUAGUGUGCGGGUGUGUGGUGAAGUCUGUGGCUGAAGGUGUAGGCCAGGGAUUCUGAAUGGGGUCAAGGACAGACGCCAUUUGAUGGAUCCUUGGAGAAUUGUACUGGCUGAACUAGUUCAAACUUAGCUUGUACAUGUCAUGUCUUCUGGAGUAGAAUAUAAUGAAUCAAUCAUCUUUCUGGUGCU